UAUUCUUUUUUCGUUCCAGGGUCGUAUCGUCACAGAAGAGAGUAAUCGUGGAUCGAUCAAGCUAUGGCCCCGACCAAUUCACGUCAGUUGCUAGCGUGGACUUUGCCAACUAUAGCCGUUCUACUCAGCUAUUUCUGGUACAAAAAAAGGAGAAUUGGCGGUCGAAGUGACCCAGGCGAGGUGGUGAGCUGUUGCAGGCAAACGAGAGAAGAAGAAUCGGUCCAGAGCGACAAAAGCUCGGAGGUGGAGCUCAGCGACUCGGCUGAGGAUAUCAAGGCUGCGGAGCCGGUUACGCCGCAAAAGGGGUUCUUGAGGUCCCUGUCUGGCGUAGAAUCCACUCCCAUUGACAUUGUGGUGCCACGUGACGUCAGAUCGCCCAACAACAAAUCGCUGGCGCCAAUCGUCACCGACGACGAUUUAGAUUUGGAGAUCGAGAAGAUCAAGUCGAUGAAAAACGGCGCGCUGUUCGGCGCCAAAAGCGAGACGUCUUUGUCGCCGCCGCCGCUGCCGUCUGUCAAAGAGGCUGCGCCUGCUCCCUCUGUAGACGAGAAGAAGAAGAGGAAGCAGAAGGUGGCGAAGAACGGAGCCGGCAAGAUGGCCCAAAAGGAUAUAGCGGUGGUGGAGGAGAAACUGGCAACGUUGCAUAUCACCAACGACAAGGAGAUGCCGCACAAGGCGACGAAGAGAGAGCACAAAACGAGCACGGGCAGCAAACGCGACGACCAACAGCGACACAGCACCGAAAGGGAUUCGGCCAAUCACAGCCCAUCGGACGUCAUGUUGGCCAGUCCUUCGUUGAGCAGUAUUUCCGAUAAUCAUAGCGAGGGCUCGAACGACAGCGGCAAAGGGGGCAGCGAUGCCGCUCCCACUCCUCCGCCGCCCUCCUCUUCCUCCUCCUCAACCGCCGCUGCCGCCGUUUCCUCCGUCGAUCUGAUGCCCUCCUUCUACGAGUUCGUGAUGCCGCAACACCUGGUGGGCAAACUGAUCGGGAGGCAUGGCGCCCAUGUCGCCCACAUCAAGGAAAAGACGGACGCGACCAUCAUCGUCCGUCAGCAUCCCAACGACGCCAAGCUGAAGGUGUGCUCGAUAGAGGGCACGGAGACCGAGAUCGCGGCCGCGCUGAAGAUGGUGCGCGACAAGUUUCCCGCCAAGCGGUACGCAGACGUCACUCUAGAACGAGUGCACUUUACGGCGAUCGUGCCGAGCGUGCCCCUCAUUCCCGAUCAUCUAUACCUGAAACUCGUCGAAGGCAUCAACAACGACACCAUCCUGAGCUGCAUCGUCACCCCCAAUCACCUGUUCCUGCAACAGCCGACUCACCCCUCGUUUCCCAAUCUCAACGUGCUCGGCAACUACAUGAACGCUUGCUACAGCGAGGCGGAAUCGCCGUUCCUCCCCAGCCCAAUACCAGAGAACACGGUGUGCGCCGCCUACUCUGUCGAUGCUUGGUACAGAGCGACGGUGCUCGGCACUGACGAAGCGGCCCAAACGUCGUACGUCAAAUUUUUGGAUUAUGGCGGCUUUGCGCACGUCGAAAAUUCGAAGUUGAGGCAGAUCAGGGGCGACUUUAUGCUGUUGCCCUUCCAGGCGGCCGAGUGCAUGUUGGCCAAUGUCGUAUCUGCGAGCGAGGACGGUUCAUGGCCAGAAGAGGCCUACAAUUUGGUAGCUGACGUAGCCAAAGGUUCGAUAAUGUACACGCAAGUAGCUGAUUACACUGAAAACGGAACGCCACUAGUAUUAAUUUACAUUGUUGUGGGACCUCAGUCGGUUAUAUUUCUGAACCAGCACUUGGUGGAUAUGGGAUUCGCAGAAUGGGUCCCCCAAGAAGAUGUGCUCUCCCUGCAAGAUGGCACCGAUUGCGCCAAAGCGUAAUCAAUAUACUUUACGAUUUUGACCCCGGACGGGUACGUUUUUUAGUCACUUGAUUAUUCGCAAUCAAGCACUCGUUGAAUGUUUGUGGGACGCGAUGGUGCAGUUGACAGUCUUUAACGAUAGGGUUCAUCAAGUGUUUAUCUGACCUCUGCGCCGCGUUUCGGAUUUUUAAUCGAAUUUAUAUUGUUAGCUGAAUGAUUUUUAUAUUUUAUACUAUAUUUAAGACUAGUUUUCGUGACUGAUAAAAUAUUAAAUAUUUGAUGUUCAAAUGAACGCUUCUUUAUUCUUAUUAGGGGGUCUUGAGAGUUUGUAGUUACUCUUUUAUUGUAGCAUUAUUAACACACAUUUUGCUGAACUCUAGGUAAAUAUUUAUUACAGGUUGAUGUGAUUUGCAUAGUUUUAUCAUCCAGAUGAAUGGCCAAUAUCUGUAUGAUAGUACCAUUUCAGUUGACGGAAGUUUUUCGUGCAUGAUUCACUAAAAAAUAUAUGGUCCGGAGUUAUUGGAUCGGUUUUGAGAGCUGAUGAAACUCGCAAAAUGAAGGGACUUUUUUUCAUUAUCAUACCUCCAAAAAUGCAUCAUAAGUGGAAAUACUGAAUGAGCGUACAAUCGAAAAAACGUUAUUUCUGAUAAAAUUCAUGUGUGCUCUUUUUCAAAUUCGGCACAAUGCCUUUGUAUGUUAACUCGCGCCUAGGUUAGUUUAGGUUCCAUAUAUGAGUGGGGCGAAAACCGCGACCCCAAGUGCCCGAUUCUCGAAUCCGUUGGAAUUCGUUCCCGUG